AUGCCGUUCGAUCUACUCGACAAGCACCGAAGGCUGGAUUUGGAGGACACGGAAUGGGAGGGACCAGCGAGAAAGAGACUUCGAGUGAACCCCUCUGAAACGGAGGAGGAUAGAUAUGCAGCGACAAAGGACAAGAGCAUCACGAUUGCUUCGACCGCUAAACACGCUGACCAGAAUGUCGCCCCGUUUCUCGCAAAGCACAUCCCGUCCCAAUAUGCGCCCUUGGGAAAGGCUGGAAAACCUGCCACCCACAACUUCGACCCCAUGAAAGACCCCAACUCUAAGUUCUGUUAUCGACAUCGCCCUGAUACGCUGUGCCGGCGGCAGGCAGACGAGCCGUCGAUGGAUAAACUGCAGAAAGAACUGGAUACACUGUCACAGGAAGACCGGCAGGGCAUCGUGCAGAUGUGGUCACUGUUUUCGGCUGCGCCAUCUAAACAUCGAAACCUCAUGCUCCAGGGCAUCCUGGCCCAGUGCUGCUUCCCACAACUCUCUUUCCUUUCGGCCAAUGUUCGAGAACUCAUUCGAAUCGACUUCCUGUCGGCCCUACCGUCCGAGGUCGCCUUCCGCAUCCUUUCCUUCCUCGAUACGACAUCUCUGUGCAAGGCGGCACAGGUUUCAAGGAAGUGGAGGCAGUUAGCGGACGACGACGUGGUCUGGCAUCGGAUGUGUGAACAACAUAUUGAUAGAAAGUGCACCAAGUGUGGAUGGGGGUUGCCUUUGUUGGAGAGGAAAAUGUUGCGUGCCACCAAGAGGCAGAUUGAGUUGCGUGCGGCAAGCAAUCUGCCGCUCGACUCUGAUCCAUCUGGCUCAUCGCAGAGUGUCGACAUGUCCGACACCGAAAGCCACCUUGACUCGUCGUCAGAUGGACGACUCUCGCCUGUGGCGGCCCGACGUCCACCCCUCGGCACGAGUGACAGUGAGUACUUCCGGAGAACUCGACCUUGGAAGGACGUGUACAAGGAUCGAUUCAAGGUUGGAACCAACUGGAAGUACGGCCGAUGCAGCAUCAAGAUCCUCAAGGGCCACACGAACGGAGUCAUGGCACUUCAGUUUUGUGACAACAUCCUCGCGACAGGGUCAUAUGACGCCACCAUCAAGAUCUGGGACCUGGACACGGGCAGAGAGUUGAGGACGCUGAGUGGCCACACCAUGGGUAUCCGUUGUCUGCAGUUUGAUGACAACAAACUCAUCAGUGGCAGUCUCGACAAAACCCUCAAAGUCUGGAACUGGCGGACGGGGGAGUGCAUCUCCACGUACAACGGCCACACCGAAGGAGUGAUUGCCCUUCACUUCGACUCCAAUAUUCUGGUGUCGGGCUCUGUCGACAACACUGCCCGUGUAUGGAACUUCCAGGAUCGGUGUGUCUUCACACUCCGCGGGCACACCGAUUGGGUCAACUCGGUCAAAAUUGACUCGGCUUCUCGCACAAUCUUUACUGCGUCUGACGACUGCACGGCCAAACUUUGGGACCUGGAUACAAAGAAAUGCAUCCACACUUUCGAAGGCCACGUGGGCCAAGUCCAGCAAGUACUGCCCCUGCCGGCCGAAUUCGAACCUGGCACCGACAUACAAGAAGACGACGAGGAGCAGCUAUCAGACCCCGGAACCCCCAAUAGCUCCACCACGAUCCUCGACGAGAACGGCGGAUUUCCCAUCGUCUCAUCCAAGGACAUGGGCAUCAACAGCCUGUUCGCCUCUCAGCCUGACCGCACCCACCCUCCGCACUACAUGCUGACCUCGGCCCUGGAUUCCACGAUCCGUCUUUGGGACGUGCACUCGGGUCGCUGCAUCCGGAAAUUUUUUGGCCAUGUUGAGGGAGUGUGGGCCGUCGCGGCGGAUACGUUGAGGAUUGUGUCCGGGGCCGAAGACAGGAUGGUAAAGGUGUGGGAUCCUCGAACCGGGAAGUGUGAGAGGACAUUUACGGGACAUGCUGGGCCAGUGACGUGCAUUGACCUGAGUGACUCGAGAAUGUGUAGUGGCGGCGAAGAUGGGGAGGUGAGGGUCUACAAUUUCACGGGUUGA